GCGGAAACCACCGCCCUGGCACUUUGGUUCCGGGAAGGGAGUCACCGUCUUCGAGGGCUCGGCCUUUGCACGCGCCCUCCCGCGGGGGGUUUCAGGCAGGAGUCUCCCUCAGCCCUAUUUGGAUACGAAGGAGAUUGAAGUUUGCUGUGACGGGAUUGAAUCAAUAGAAUCCUGCAGUUAUGCACAAAAACUACAUGCAAAUCUUGAGACAACCCUUAGAAGUUACUUCUGCCUUGUUUGAGCUGUUUGAUACCAACCUCUGUAUGAUAGCCUAACAGUGAAAUCCUAUGCCUUGUAAUUCAGAUGUUAAAAUGCCCACCCUGUUUCUGCAAAGGACCUGCUGAGUAGCUGCUCUUCCAGCGAGAGUCCCUUAAGUGAUCUCAACAGCUUUCGUGCUAAGUAGCAAGCAAGAUGCUGCGCUACUGGGGUGAGAUCCCCGUCUCGUCCAGCCAAGCCAACCGCAGCUCCUUUGAUUUGCUCCAGCGAGAGUUCCGCACUGUGGAGGUCCAGGAUCCCCUGCUGCACCAGCCUUCUGCCAACAAGCCCAAGCCCACCACCAUGCUGGACAUCCCCUCGGAGCCAUGCAGCCUCACCAUUCACACCAUCCAGCUGAUGCAACACAACCGACGGCUGCGCAGCCUCAUUGCCCUGGCUCAGAGUCAGAGCCAGCAGCAAGCGGAGGGCAUCAAGAUGGAAGAAAGCGAGCCUUUGCCCACCUGCCCUGGCUCCCCACCUCUCCCCGAUGACUUGCUUCCUCUCGACAGCAAGAUUCCCAAGAUGCCGUUUCAGUUGCGGCACAGCGAUCCAGAAAGCGACUUUUACAGAGGCAAAGGAGAGCCAGUGAUGGAGCUGAGUUGGACCUCUUGCCGCCAGCUUCUCUACCAGUCCAUUGCCACCAUUUUGGCCCACGCAGGCUUUGAGUGUGCCAAUGAGAGUGUCUUGGAAACCUUGACAGACAUCGCCCACGAAUACUGCCUGAAGUUCACUAAGCUCCUGCGCUUUGCUGUGGACCGAGAAGCCCGGCUUGGGCAAAGCCCUUUCCCAGAUGUCAUGGAGCAGGUCUUCCACGAAGUGGGCAUUGGCAGUGUGCUCUCUCUGCAGAAGUUCUGGCAACACCGGAUCAAGGAUUAUCAUAGCUAUAUGCUGCAGGUAAGCAAGCAACUUUCUGAAGAGUAUGAGAAGCUUGUGAACCCUGAGAAGGCAGCAGAAGACAUGAAACCCGUGAAGAUCAAAGAGGAGCCAGUUAGUGACAUCACGUUUCCCAUGAGUGAGGAGCUGGAGGGGGAUUUGGCAUCUGGGGACCAGUCUUUGCCUGUGGGAGUGCUUGGAGCUCAGAGUGAGCGCUUCUCAGCUAACCUGGAAGCAGAAGUGUCUCCGCAGACCUCAGGUGGCGAAGUGAACACUUCCCCUCUCUGGAACCUUCCGGUGAAAAUAGAGCCACAAGAGAGUGAGGAAGGCCACGUCCAUGGGCACCAUGGGGUCCUGGGCAGCGACGUGUUUGAGGAGCCCAUGUCAGGCAUGAGUGAAGCUGGCAUGCCGCAGAGCCCAGAUGGUUCUGAAAGCAGCUAUGCUUCUCCUUCCCCUGACAGCCUGAUGGGAUCAUCACCGGUCUUUAACCAACGCAGCAAGAAAAAGAUGAAGAAGAUGUGAAUUUUCGCUUGAAAGCGAUGGCAGCACAACCUGCUGAAUCGGAACCAGGAGCCACAUAGGACUCUGAGCAGCCUCAGCCUGAACUCAAUUGUGGUAUCAUUGGAUGGUUUGGCAGAAGAAGGUUGGAUGGCAGAUGCAGAGAACAGGGCAGCUGGUUUUUUUAUCGUGUCAGUACAAUAACAUUUGGUUCAUUCCAUAGUGAAUUCUAAUGGAAUCCAGCUAGUGUCUUUUAAAAACAAAACAAAAUAAAACAAAGCAAGACAGCUGUUUGGUGCUUGCAUUUAUUUGUGAUGUAACCUGAAUAGUGACAAUAAUUGUUUUGGGUUUUUGUUUUCAAAAAACCCUGCAACAAAUAGUUGACAGAAUGUUUAAACUGAAUCUGUGAGAUGGACUUUUUUAAGAAAUGGAAAAUUUGGAAGAAACUUGAGUUCAGUAUGAAUCUGUGUGGAAACCAUAAUCGGUAAGACAACCUAAGUGAAAUUUAUGGAGUUCUUUGGACUACCAUAACUUUAUCUUUUGGAAGAACAAGUUCCAGAUGUUGUAUUUCUGUUAAUAUUUUUGUUAUUCCUAAUUGUGGUUCAAUUUCAUUGUGCCGAAGCUGGAUAAAUAAGAUGUACAUACAUGCUGGCCUUUGUAUACUUUCCCCUUUAAAAGAGUACCAGCAUAACCUAAAUUCUGCAUCAGAAAAAGCUGAAUUCUGUGACCUCUAUUAAUUAUGCAGGUUAAGUAACCCCCCCCUUUUUAAAUAUUUCUUUGUCUUCUGCUAGUCAUAUGGAGGAACAAUAAAUCUCUGAGGCCUGGAGCCCUGCCCUAACCUUUGGGCCCCAUGCAGUUGUAUAGGAUUGCAGAAUUCACCCAGUCCUGCAUAUACCUCUGCUACAACUGAAUGGAACCUGAACUUUU